GGCGCCGUGACGCAGUGGGGCUGUGCGUAGUGACGUGGCUGACGGUUGCCGCGCGCCACUAACGCUCCCGCUCCGCCAGCUGCCGGCUGCCGCCAUGGAGCGCUCCGAGGCCGCCAGGAGCCGCGGGCGCGCGGCCCCCUCCAGCGCCAGCCCCGGCGACAGCCCCCUGCGCUCCGCCAGCUCCUGGGACGAGGCGUCGCUUAGCUCCACGGGUUCUUUCUCCCGGGGCCCCGCGGCCCCGCCCCGCGCCCGGGGCCACAGUGUUGAAGGCUUUAAAAUAGCAGAAAAGAAAAAGCAGUCACCUGUGACAGAAAAUCUCUCACCGUGGGAAGAAUGGUUCAUUUGCAAAGAGAGAGAGCUACGUGCCCGCUUACAAGCCAGAGCUAUGGAGGAAAUUAAUCAACAACUGGAGAAAAGAAAAGAAAAGCAGGAACUUGAAAGAAGAAAAAAGAUUGCAGAAGAGAAACACAAGGAAUGGGUACAGAAAAAGAAUGAAGAGGAAAGAAGGGAAAGGGAACGGAAGCUCAGCAAAGAAAUGGCAGAAAAGGCAGUGAAGGAUCUGGAGAAAAUUCAGUUACAAGAAAAAGCUAAAGAAAAAUAUAAAGAAUGGUUAAAGAAGAAAAGAGCAGAAGAUUCUGACAAGAAGAAAAAAGAGAAGGAAAAAGAAAGGCAACAGGAAGCUGAAUUGCAAGAGAAAAAAGAGAAAUCAGAGAGGCUUUUCAAGGAAUGGCUACAAACUGCUAGAAAUAAACCACGCCCAAUUUUAAACAGUUAUGGCUAUGCCAGUGGGAAAUGUACAGGAUACUCUGAUGGAAAUUCAUAUCCGGCUCCGGCCUAUUGCAACCCUGUUCCUUGGAAACCAAUACAUGUGCCUCCUCCUAAGGAAGACCAGAAUGUUACAGUGAAGAAAAAUAAGAGACCAGUAUCCAGUCAGUCAUAUAGGUCUUCAUCUAUGGAACUUCUGAACUCACAACAACCUUCAUCUCCAAUGGAAACAGAGACUAGAGGAAGAUAAAACCGUUAGUGACAUACUCCUCUGCCUCCCAUAUAAGGCAUCACACAUGAAAUAAAAGGAAGUCAUCUUAA